AUGACUCAGGCGUUGGAAUUACCGUAAGUUACCACUUUCGCGUUUUUCUUGCUUACCGUCAUAAGCCCCUUCUCCCAGCAAGACCCUGCUGCCCCUGCGGUUAUCCUAUGCAGAUUUCCGUUACUUAACCGCCGGUGGGGAUUAGUUAUAUGCCCUUUCCCGGGCAGGGUUAGGGUUAUGGUUUGGAUUAAGGCUAGGAUAGGGGAAUAUUCACCCUAACGUACGUGGGGUUGUGGGGCGGGGAGAGAGAAUGCCUAUUCCGGCGGCUUGCCCAAGCGGGGCCAUAUAAGUCAUUUCGACCAACCCAUCUCCCUUGACGGUUAGCAAUUUCGUGGACAGACUCACUCCCGCGCCAUAUUUUGACAGGUCGUCGCCCUGGUUUAUGACCAAGGCUGGCGCCGUGUCGUUUAAGCUGAAUCCGGUUUCCUUUUGUGCCGUUGAACAUCAGGUACUCGACUAACCCACGCACUCCUGUCCCCUAACUGUUGUUCAUGUUAAUUUUCUCAGAAAAUCGUGCCGGCCUCCUAGUUGUAUCGCUUUAAUCCUGGGCCUCGUACUCACACCGCGCCUUACAAGGUAAUGCCGCCAUGAGGUCGGUUGAUCGUUGACUUGUUGUACAGAUUAGAUGCAGCGUAUACGCCAAAGCACGCGGAAUUAUCUAAAACCCGGGAAUAACUGGGGAGCAAAAAACUAAAAAAAAACCUUAAAGCUAGAGCAAGUAUUAGUGGCUCACGAGUAGAUAAUAUCAAUAAUAAGCAAAAAUGUGACGCCCAAGCAACAUAUCACAGGGUGAGGCUUUCGUCCGACGUUUCAAGCAGAAAUGUAGGCCACCCAUUAUCAGAUAGCAGCGUAGCCUCUGCACAGCUAGCGUUAAAACAUGCGCGGGUGCACCCUCCCCCAUCAGACCCGCCGUUUUGUUUGUCCAGUGUCGCCUCCAAGGGCCGCACUCCCCACUGCUGUCCCUAAAGUACUCUAGGAGAUAAUUACUCCUUUCCCUGGUAGCUGUUCUGCAGUGGAUUUCCACUCGCUUAAAGAGCACACAUACGCAACUCAGUUUUCGUUGACGGCCAGCCUACAACUAAAGAACCUACUGAACUCGUAAGAUACUGAUCUACCUUUUAGUCUCUGGAUGCAUAAUUAUCCGGGCUGUUCGCUGAGACUGUCUUCAAAAAUCUCGAAUGGGAGGCUUUCGCCAUGUACAAAUCCAAAUUUUGGGAAGGCUGUACUAAUGUCGUCUUUAUCGUCGAUCAUGAAAAGACUGAGUACUGCAAAAUCCUCGCGUAUAUUAAUGAUUCACGAUGGAGAUGGAACUGGAAAAUGUAAUUCCCCUCCUAGACGUCCUUAUCCUCAGCCAGUCUGAUGAUCAACUGGCGAAAAUGCACUGUGGAAAAUUUGCCCUCACGCUGCAGACCCGGCUUUGAAAAGAAGGAUACUAGAUCGCUGAAAAGGGUAAUGUUAUUCGUCUGGCGUUCCGGAUUUAUACUCGAACCUAUCAUCAUAAACAACAACAGGGAAGGAUAGUAAACGUACAGGGUGCAGUAUUCAUAGGAUGCAGUUUCUGUGCGAACACAAUCGACAUAAUUAUCAGACCUCGCAUUCCCCUCCGCCACUCGUACUUAUUGUGCUGAUUGUUUGAUCGCCCACAUGUGAGUUGUGUUAAUGGCUGCUAUCUCACCACUGGUGUUAGUGAUUGUUGUGAUGCUGGUUUAACAUUUCAGCUCGUGAAUGCUAUCAGUGGAAGCAGUGUCUCAGUUAUCACAGCAGCGCUUUCCCUCGGCAGAAACUAAGAUACCCUACGCUAGCUGAAUAAGCCAGUGGAAAAUGUCUGUGGGCCUCCAGCCGCCAAGACGAAGACAAGCGAUAAUCUCUGAGAGCCCCACAAGGCCAACAGAUACUAGCAUGCAUUCGUUGGAAGAAACAGGAUGCACCGAAAAGACCUAAAUGAGUAAACAAAUGAGCCCACAUCGUGGCGAGGGCCCCGCACAUGAAUGACGUCUGCAAAACCUUGACCAGAUUUCCCUCGCCGCUUAGAAUAGGGAUCGUCUACAACUCCUGACUCACCGCUCAGUCGACAAAUGAUGCGUCCGAAAGACCAAUUUCCGGCGGGAGACGCCCGUUGUCGUCUAGGAACUCCAGUGCAGCGACGGCUAGCAUAGUCGCGUCGGAAAAACCGGCCGAUAACUUCCCAAACGGUAACGAAAACUUCGGAAGGUGCUGUGGAGGACUGACACCAACUUACGGGUGGCAACCUACAUCGCUGAAACUGGCUUGAGCUUUAUUUUCGAAGGACCCAGCAUAGUCGGGCAAAGAGACGACCAAAUGGCAAGUUAUCUGCAAUAAACUUGGCUGUCAACUGAUCCCGCGAUCAAUUGCAAUAUUGACCUGCCUCUGACACACGUCCCUUCGUCACUAUCUGACCAAAGGCAGACAAGACGUUUCAUUGCCCCACCCGACAGCCGCAAGAGGAAAGGAGCGAAUUCACACUCCUUCGGAUCGUUCCGGUCACCUAGUAACUGGUGCUUCCUAUGGCACCACGGUUACCAUCACCACUCUAGAGGGGUAGCCCAAACCCCGACAAUCGGCGCUAGCUCGAGUUUUUCAGGGAGCCAGUAUAUUUUCGCAGGUGAAGCUGCAAUCCACUUAACUCGAGCUAUCAAAAUGGGAUACACCUUCCCCCCUGCGGUAUGAUGGUGCAAGGACACAUGGUCUCGUUCACAGUCGAGAGCCAGGCGUGCGACUUUCCCACAGACGGCACCAGCCAACCAAACCUUGGAUCUAGUAGAACGCACGACCUACGCUCCUUAUAAUACGAGUCGUGCCGAUGAUACAGCAUCAAAUAAUACUCGUGAAGUAUUUAAGGCUUUACCGAAAAUGGAAAUACGCAUGGUGGGGGCCAAUGCGUUAACUUAAAUUGUACUUCCACAGAAUAUUCAGGCAUCUAUAGAAAAGCCCAAGUUGUUUUGAGGUGUGAAUGAACAAGAACUUCUGAUACUUCACGUUGUACUCGCGGGCUUCGACAAACGAAAUGAAGUAUGCGAAACCUAGUGGAAAUCAGACCGUCAAUCGUCGGUUGUUGAAUUGAGUUAGCAAAUACAUAAUACAGCUUUUGUUUGGUGCUAGGGCUCGUAUUAACAUUUAACCAAUUGCGAUUUACUAGAGAAAGCUGUUUAGAAUAAGAUUGUGAUCGACGAAAUUCACGUAAUAAUGUCAUAAAGCCGCAUAUGAAGUGGCUGGCUAUCGUUUUAAAGUGAUAAGUUAGUUGUAAACCGGACUAGAGGCACACCUCUUUCGUUGCAUGAACCAGUGCGUUAUUCUGGAAAUUUACUUUGACUCUCUGGCAGCGAUGGAGGCUGUUGGGCCAAAAGUCUUGCGUAACAGUACGUACGAACGUUGUUUAUGAUAUCCCCCGUCGACCACUUUCCGUAAUUAGCGACCAGAUAAACCAUCAGACGAUAACGGUUCUUGACUUUUUCAUCCCAGUGGCGCCCUUUAAUCUGCUUUUUAUCCAGGCCUCCAUCUUAAAUUUGUCUAAAAUAAAACCAUACCGCAUAGUUACCUGGAUUUCCAAGCUGAGGGCCUUUGAUUAACGCGGUCUUUGGAAAAUAGAAAGCGUUAUCGAGGGAUUUUUGUAGAAUAGUUCUGCUACGAAAUUCCGCAGGGGAGGGGCAAAUUCACUGGCUGGUCAGGAAUAACCCAGGACUAUUUUCUCCGCUAACUGUCAUGCAAUUAUGUCUUUGAAGAUGGAUAAAGUGGUCAUCCCUGUUUGCUGCACGACUGCUAAAAUCCAAAAUUUUUUAUUGGCCCAUGUGUUGCCCACUUUUCACCGGCAUUCAAUAUGCUCAGACAAGUUAGCUCCCAACAUGUUUAGAAUUUAGCAUGGCAGAGGUAGGUGGCGGAGUGCCGGAGGGCAUCAUGAUGUCCUGUACUCGAUAUCGGGGUUCCCAAUUCUCCUCACCUGGCAGAAAAAUCGGUGUCGAGGUUAUCUGAAGUUCAGGUCGUUGAUUUGACUCAGUUGAACGAAUGUCCGCUCCGAGAAGAACACCCGUGAAUGCACUAAGUUUAUUAACGUUAAAACUCAAUGUGACGUAGGACUCACGUGAAAAUCUCCUGAAAUGCAUGUGAAUGCCUUUUUUUGCAUUCACAUGCAUCAGGUUAUAAACAUACACAGAAAGAAUAUGCUGUCCGGUGUACCUCUAUGUACUUCAAAUUCUGAAGAGGAUCCUUUGAGUUGAGUAAAUCCACUUGAAACCGUUUGAUUUUCGAGAAUGUACAGUAUCGCAUUGUGACAUCCUACCAGGUUUGGCAAGAAAGAUCUGGAAAUGUUCGUAAGUAUGAUUCCCAAUGUCGGUUUGCAGGGAGUGCGAAAACUUUUGAAACGCCGGCAAAUUUUGAAUGUGCUUCCAGAUAUGGUCGAUUACAUUAGUGGGUUUACAGCACCAAUCAUCAUCUAGAAUAUUCCCCUGCACAGACUAGACUUUGGCUGGAGAUCUUUCCAUCUGCUGGUGCAAGUUUACGCUCGAUAAAAUGCCCCACGUUAAGUGCUGUGUAUUUUUCGAUUUCCUCACGGUGUUCGCUUAUCUUCAGUCAUAUGUCCUAAGGAAAAUGAGCACUAAUUUCGCUUCUUAUUCUACUUUUCCUAGUAAAUUGCAUUUUCUUUAAUGUUGUUACCUGAAGGGAGUGUUUCAGUUUCUGCUACUCCCUGUCCACGCAACUUAAUUGCUGGCUCCUCACCUUCGCCUAACCAAACUUUACACACUUAAGAAUCCACUUUACCUCGUGCUGAUUUGCCUAUACAUGGAAGCCGUCCCUAACUGAGUGACUCGUCGUCACCGACCACAACCCCUGUAGGGAAUUGUUAGCUGGGGUCACUCAAUUUUCGCGUUCGCUUGCUUGCCUACCACCACCACCACCACCACCGCCGCCGCCGCCGCCGCCACCACCACCACCACCACCACCACCACCACCACCACCACCACCACCCUGUACCCCCCUCCUCCUACUCAUCUCGAUGGCCUAUAGUGACAACAUCUCCAGUAUCCUUCUGUACUCUGCACCCUAACUUCUUAAUGAGGGAUGGCUAAAUCGUUUUUCAUGUUACUUUUCUGAAGGUAUUGUCUGCUUCAAAUGACGGACGCCAGUUCACCAGCAUGUCUUAAUCAAGCUCUGUACAUUUGCCUUCUGAGUCAUGCCUGUGAUUGAUCCACCAAACAUGUUGAAAUCCCCUUUAAUCAAUAUUCGAUCAAGGAAACAUCUUGAAAUAGCAACCCUUCAAAAGUUGAUAACCAAAUAACCACUACCCAGACGUCCUAACGCACAUUUGGCCAGAUUUCACCGACAGCGUAUACUCUCCUAAGCAAAUAUAUGUCAGAGGAUGAGCAGUGUGCACUUCUUGAUUGUAAUAGUGGUCACCGUUAUAGACAUACGAGGUCGCUUGCGUAGAUGGGUGUUUAGUGUGUAUCGUUGUAGACGGCUUCAAAUACCACAUUCCGCGCUUCCCCUGGUCCCCGAAACACCAAAGCCCAGUUUGCAUUUUAGCCUCUUAACUUGUGCCCCUUGUCCUCUGGGGUUCAUUAAUCACGUGCAAUUGAUGAAACAACCCCUUCUGCACUCUCGCCCCUCCUCCCUCCCCUCCUUUCAAGGGAUGUCACCGAAUCUGACUCGGACGCGACAGCUCGACCCGUCACGCGGGCCUCAACCCGGGCCUCCCGCCAACGCAGUCGCGAAUCUGCUCCACCAGCAAACGACCUUGUCGGCAAUGGGUGUAAAGCGGCCGCCCUCGAAAGUGCGCUACUCGAUAGUUCUGAGUCAAAGCGCCGACGUCGCUCUGACCUGGUACCGAUCGCCCAAAAUCCGUCCUCCCCCGUCUUCAUCGAUCUCUGUGAUCUCCCCCGGCAAAACUCGCAACCCCUCCCCCUUACACACUCUUCGUCCUGUGUGUGGAGGGAACCCCAGGCUGUGUCCUCCAACACAACAGGCAACGGCCAGGCGGAUCAUACUAUGAUCGAGACCUUUCAGCAUUUCCUUUCUGACGACCCCUCCCUCAUGAUUACGAUGAAGGUGAGCGUAGACUACCAGACAUUUUUGAGAAGUAUUAUCGACAAAAACAAUGGAGACUGGAAUCUCCAUUUCUGGCCUGUUUCUUGUUAUCAUCCAUAAGCUCCCAAUUUCGGACAAUGCAGAUCCGAAGUUUAAACCUAAGUUUUAUUAGCUACGAAGUUUAUGGCCUGCUCCCUGUUGGGCCUAACCGACUACGAUCGGGAAUUGUCGGAGGGGGGGGGGGGAGAGCAGGUUAUUGGCUUUCUGCAAUUUAUCCAGCCUGCUGAGUAAAAUACUUGCGUUCCGUCAUAAUGCUGUCCAGAAGCCUUGCAGGUGGUCACUUGGUGGCAAACUAGUCUAAGGAUACUUCCGAUGGAGUUUUUUCCUCCGCAGUUUUGUUGAGAACAUCGGCAUCCACACAUUUUCUCAUGGGCUCACCAUGCGUUUAUACGCUAGUUAGUUUUCUCGGGUCUUAGGGGUGCUACAUCCCUCCAACUCUUCAUUCGGCUGCUAUCAUUACGCAGCUUCAGAGCGUCGUUUCAUGCAUUACUGCUGCUACGCAUACCACAGUUGCCGCCACCCCCAUCAUCAUCAUCAUCAUCAUCAUCAUCAUCAUCAUCAUCAUCAUCAUCAUCAUCAUCAUCAUCAUCAUCAUCAUCAUCAUCAUCAUCAUCAUCAUCAUCAUCAUCAUCAUCAUCAUCAUCAUCAUCAUCACCACCACCACCACCACCACCACCACCACCGUCAGCAGCAUCAUCAUCACUGUUACCACCACCGAAACUACUAACCACUACCACCAAUACUAUUGAUACUACUCCUGCCAACACUACCACUGCUGAUGCCGUCGAUACUACUAAUACGAUUGCUUGCACUUACAACUCAGUACUAUCCCUGAUGCGAGUAACACUACCAUUUUAAUGUCAUUGCCAAUAAUACCACCAUAUCUACUACAGAUAAAAACACUUACAACACUACUACUAUGAGUACUACUGUUGUCACUGUUACUGUUGCUGUUAGCGCUAUUUUCACCGUUACCCUUACUAUAAUUCCUACUAAUACAAGCCGUUAAUGCGUGUUAAAGACUGAACAUGCGAUCUGGCACUGUCAAGUUUCGAGCCUCUCCUCCUUUCCAGAAAGAAACCUCAGAUAACCAAACUUCCCUACUGUUACCGGUAUCCGCGGACUCAGAACAGCCUUCCAAGUCGUCCUCUUCCAUGAAACCGGACGCCACGUCCCCACCGUCUGCUGCAGUAAAGUCUGGUCGUUUACGGCAGCACCGUCUAAAGUCCAAUGGGGAGGGGCUAAAAAUUGAGCAGUCGGAAGGUUUCUGCGGGGAUACCGCCUGGUCCCUCGUUGACGGGCUGAGUCCGGCCUCGACAGCGACCAGUAUCUCCAUUACCGAAGCAGAGCUUAAUCAUGGUAAUGUCAGUCCAUUAUAA